AUGACUGGCGGAUCCAAGUGUAUGUGUUUGAUUGGCUUUAGUCUUAUCUGUCUUAAAAUGGUCACUUCAGCAAAAACAGCUCCUGCAAUACCCACAAUCGAUCAGGCCUACUCAAAAAUCAGCAACAGUAUCACCGUAGAAUGGGCCAUGGUCCCUGGCGCUACCAGUUACCUGCUCACAGCCAAAGAUGGGGACACGGUCAUUGAAACUAUGGUGGCCACUCCCCCUGGCACUGUGACAGGCCUGAAGGCUGCAACGUUGUACCAGAUCACCAUCAGAUCCAUCAGUGCUGCGGGGAGAAGCCAGGCAUCGCCUCCGGCACAGGCCAAGACAGUGUUGGCAGCACCCAUUCUAGAAGUCAGUUCUCCAAGUCCAGACUCUAUUCUCGUACAGUGGGAAGCUGUCUGUAUGGCGAUCGGAUUCUCUGUGUCCGUCAUGCAGGCCAACGGCUUGGGAAGAAUAUGGAAAGAGAAUACCACCAACACCUCACUGACCUUCAGUGGGUUAGAUGCCGGCACCCUCUACACUGUAAAGGCAUAUGCGUGGAACUCCAAUGGAGUCCCUGGGGAUGACUCCACCUGCAAUCAGAGGACGAGUCCCCGUGCGCCCAACAACAUCCAAGUCUCCUUUGACGGUGGGACCCUGCAGGCGGCUGUGUCGUGGGCCCCUGCAGAAGGCGCAUCCAACUACACUGUGAUGGCGCUGAGUGGCUCCUCCCAGCUGAGCUGCAGCACGACCUCCAGUUCCUGCACCGUCUCUUCGCUCCAGUGUGGAACCGAGUACCAGAUCUCAGUCUCAGCAAGCAAUGAUGCUGGAUCUAGCAAAUCGCCUUCUGCAGUGACCCUCAGGACUGUUGCUUGUGCACCUGGAAGAGUCAUGAUUCAUGAAGACCCCCCUGGCCAUCUCUCUGUGGCAUGGUCAAACGUCAGUUUGGGUGAUUACUACGUGGUCUUUGUGAAGAGUGAUGAUGGUUUGGAAGUACACUGCAACACUUCCCUCACCCAGUGCAAUUUCGUAUCUGAGUGUGGCUUCACUUACUUCAUCAGUGUUUUCGCUUACAACAAGGCAGGGCAGAGUCCUCUGGGAGACGUAUUCAAUUACACCACAGCUCCCUGUUGUCCUAGUGACAUCAAUCCGGUGAUGGUGUCCAGUGACAGAGUAGAAAUCGUCUGGUCUCCUGUCCGUGGUGCCGAACUCUAUGAAACCAAGGCUGUGGAUGGGUACAAUACAGUUGAGUGCAACGACACUGUUCCUGCCUGCACACUGUCAGCUCUAGAGUGUGACACCAAGUACAACAUCACAGUGUAUUCGUUCAGCGAAGUCCGGGGCAGCAAUAUGUCAUGCACAUCCCAGCCUGUAACUACAGCUCCUUGCAGCCCUGAAAUUAAAAAUGUCUCAAAGGACAUAUUCUCUGUGGUUAACGUGCACUGGCAAUCUGCAAAUGAUGGUGCUGUUUACACUGUGACCGCCCAAGGGGAGAAAGGGCUGUAUUGGUGCAGCAGUACAGGAUGGUCCUGCGCCUUGGGCAGCUUGCCCUGCGGCUCACUGUUUUCCGUGACAGCUGUGGCAGAAACACCAGCAGGACGGAGCGCGCCCAGCUACAGUGUGGCCCUGGAAACAUUGCCAUGCUGUCCAGUUGGUCUGACAGUCACUCAGGUCACCCAAUCAGUAAUUAAUGUGAGCUGGACUAUUGGGAUGGUGGCGCAAACCUAUGUGACAGUUCUCGAGUCACACACCGGACAGUCUAAGUGUCGCACCCAUCAGAACCACUGCCUCCUGGGAUGCAUUGCAUGUGGAAUCAAUUACACAGUGACAUUAAAAGCAAUCAGUGCCUCUGGAUUGACUGCGGACUGUGCCUUCCAAAGUUACUCCUCUAAUGCUUGCUGCCCUUUGGGGGUGAAAUUAUACAGGCUGGGCCCUAACGGCAUCCGGAUCUACUGGCAAGCCUCCAGGGGCUCUGCCAACUACAGCACAGAUCUCUACGGCUCCAAAGGCAUUUUUACGUGCGCCCCGAGUGCUGGCCUCAGUUUCUGUGAUGUCACUGAGCUCCCCUGUGGGGACGUGUACACUGUCAUGGUCUCACCGGUUGCUGAGACAGGACUAAAGCUAACUUUCUGUCCAAAGAAAAUAUAUUCAGUAACCUGCUCCGGAAGUACACUUGGAAUGGUGAUUUACAGAGGGAAGAGAAAUGCAGAUUGACAUGCGAGCCCCAGGAAUCGCCAAAGCAGAGAUGUCACCAGAGUCAUCUCAAUGGUUAGUGAUUAGAGUGAAAAGAGACCUACUAAAAUACAAAAUGCCUCUAGGAUAGGAAAAGCUUCUUUGGCCAGUGGAAGACCAAUUUCUACUCCAUGGCCCAGGUCAGGUGUGUCCUCCUCCACUCAGCAGUUCCAGGUCGGCAGCUGGGAGGAUCCCAUACAGUCAUGGAGCCACAACCUCCUCCAGCAGGGCCAACAUAGGCCAAUAUGAAAGGUCUUCUCUGCAGGAAUUUUGUCUGAAAUGUCACAUCUAGACACACCACAGAUGGGAGCAACGUGCGUUUCAGCGGUGUUUCAUGGACACCAGCCCUCUCCAGGCAGCCUGCUCGCCACUCGGGCUGGCAGCAUUCACUGCUGGCAAAGACAAGCCACCUUUCAACAGAGAUGAUGCUUCACCCAAUACGGCACUGCAUCAGCACUCAAGAACAUCGGUUGGGAAAAAGGAGCUGGCAAGCAACCCAUGAUCACAAACACCCUUGUCACCAAGCCAGGGUGGAUGCUGAGCAGGUGGCAGGGUUUGCUGAGUCAGAGCAUCAGUUGAGAAGAGGCAUCUGCAGGAGUGUGUGCAGGUGAAACAGGAGUUGCUGCUGCUCUUGCUAGAAGCCUUGUCAUCUUUGAGCAUGCAAAGACAGUGCAUGCAGGGGCAACCAAGGGCAGAGCUGCAAACUGGCAGAAGGAUGAGCAUGCUGCUUUGGAUGGAGGAUCAUCCAUCUUGUUGGCUCUGUUCCCCACUCAGUCACUGCUUCUUCCAUCGUUGGAGAGACAAGAUGACGAUAUACAGAAAGAUCUGUUGUAUCUAGGAAUAUGUAUGUCC